CAACAUAAAUGUGCACAGAGCGUUUUACCAGGAAACGUGAGAGUCUCUGCCUUUAUCUGUAGAGAAAGGUCAGAAUCCUCCUUGGGAGCGGUUCCGGGCACCGCCGCCUCCCCUCCCCCCUUUAACAGCAGCAGCAGCUGACCUUUGAUCUCACUUCCUGAGAGCCACAGCAGAGGACUGCCUACCAGUGGUGUCUGCUACCUCCGCCUCCGGUGGAUCAGUCAGUCCUCUGCUUGGGAAACACAGAUUUCACUGUGAGACCAUGUCGUUUAGAUUCGGCCAACAUCUCAUCAAGCCCUCUGUGGUUUUUCUCAAAACUGAACUGUCCUUCGCCCUGGUGAAUAGGAAACCAGUUGUACCUGGUCAUGUUCUUGUGUGCCCGCUGAGACCAGUGGAGCGCUUCCGUGACCUAAGUCCUGAUGAAGUGGCCGAUUUGUUUCAAGUGACCCAGAGAGUUGGGACAGUGGUGGAGAAGCAUUUCCAGGGAACCUCCAUCACCUUCUCAAUGCAAGAUGGUCCUGAAGCUGGACAGACUGUGAAGCAUGUACAUGUCCACGUUCUUCCCAGGAAGACAGGGGACUUCCAUAGGAAUGACAACAUCUAUGAUGAGCUUCAGAAACAUGACAGAGAAGAAGCAGACUCACCAGCCUUUUGGAGAUCUGAGGAGGAGAUGGCUGCAGAGGCGGAGGCUCUUCGGGUCUACUUUCAGGCACGAGAGUAACUCAAACAAUUCCCAAGGCAUAAGAAAAUGGACCCCAUUCUUCUGGACUCUGCGACAUUGGAAAUGAAACUAACUACCCUGCAUUGUGCCCCCAUGAUCCUGCAGCCUUGUGCAAAGAAUGUUAUUGCAUGUUUAGAAGCCACUGGCAGUAUGCUUUGAUCGUGAUUGCAGACAGGCUAGCUUCGCAAACAGUAACAUUGACAGUCUGCCUCAGUUUCUCACUUAGGAACUUAGAGUAGUAACAUUUCCACACUGUCCUUUAGCCUAGAUGAAAAUAAAGUGGUUGUUAAAAUAUU